CCCCUCUCCGCCUAGAGGACCGGAAGCAGCUUGCAGACUGGCGCUUCCCGGGCUUCUCCCCAAAAACGCUGGGCCGUCCUUCCCAGGCCUUAGGUGAGAGUUGAGGUCUCUUCGCGCUGCUAGGCCUCAGGGAAACGACCCUUACCCGGCGGGUCGGGAAGGGGUGGCCGCGGGCCUUGGCACCACCUCACUGCAGCCCCCCCCCCGCAAAGCUCCCACCGCGUACCGGCGCACCCUUCUUCAUACACCUCCCCGCGCCACACUCUCAGGCUACGCCUUCCUUGUGCCCCACCGCGCUUUCUCGCUGCCCUCACCUCAUCCCCGCAGCUUCUCACCUGUCACUGAGCGUCGGCGCCCCGCCUCUCUUCUCCCUGGCACCCCGUGGCGGCUGACCUCCGCCCCCCAAGCGGACGGCCUCCCAUCACCCCUCGCGCGCUUACCUGCCUCCAGCGCGCCCUCCUCUCAAGACCCUCGUAGUCUCGCGGAGUCCGGACUCCGUCCGAGAGCGGUGGCGUGUGGUGGGGGAAGGUGGCCUGGGACCGUCUGGAGCCGGCUCUAGGAGAGGUAUUUCCAGGAGUGUCCAUAGGAGAAUUUCACCUCCUUGAAGAUUAAAGCUUAGCAGUCCUGAAUUAUUCCCAGUCCAAAUGUCUGCAAAAUUGAGAGAUUCAUCAAAACUUCUUCUACAAACUUCAGAGGACCCUGACUGCAUUCUGGUCACAAAGAUGGAAGAGCGAGGGCAGGCUCAUAAUAUGGUCUCCAGCCGCCACUGGAGCAGCUACUACAGCUCCGAGACCUACCGCCAGCGGUUUAGGCAGUUUGACUACCAGGAGUCACCUGGGCCCCGGGAGGCUCUCAGCCGUCUCCGAGAGCUUUGUUGCCAGUGGCUGAGGCCAGAGGUGCACAGCAAAGAGCAGAUCCUGGAGCUGCUGGUGCUGGAGCAGUUCCUGGCCAUGUUGCCUGCGGAGCUGCAGACCUGGUUUCAAGAGAACAGACCAGGGAGUGGAGAGGAAGCUGUGGUGAUGCUGGAGGAGCUGGAGAAGGAGCAUGAUGGGGCAGCCAAACAGAUCUGUCUUGGACAAAAAGAAGACUUGCUUGCAAAGACUCUACCAGCUUAUGAAAUCACUCCAGAGACACCACAGAGCCAGCUCAAGCCCAUGAAACAGCCGCUGUGGGCCUCGAAGAAGCUUCAGUCCUUGAGACAAAACGAUAAAGACAGCAAAACUGUAAAUGUGAAAUCAAGGCAAAAUACUUCUUCAGGCACAGAACUAUAUUACAGAGUUUCUAACUCUCCUCAAAUGAAUGCUUCCCAGAGUUUCACAUUUAGAGGAACCUGUGAACAAGAUAGAAACUUUGAAAGAAGACAGGGAAACCAUCCUCGAAAAAAACAGCACAAGUGUGGUGAAUGUGGCAAAGUAUUUAGUCAGAGUUCAGCUCUCAAUCUACAUCAGAGAAUCCACAGUGGAGAGAAACCUUAUACAUGUGAUGUGUGUGCAAAGGCUUUCAGCCGAAGUGCAAUCUUGAUUCAGCAUCGAAGAAUCCACACUGGGGAAAAACCCUUCAAAUGUCAUGAAUGUGGUAAAGCCUUCAGUCAGAGCUCGAAUCUUUUAAGACAUAGAAAAAAACAUUCUGGAGAAAAAGUCCCAUCAGUGUUGUGAAGGAAUCAAAGCAUUUACUGAGAACAUUUUCAGUGGGGGAGGAGAAGACACAAGGCACCAAUACCCCUUUAUUAUAAAUCAGUAGUUUCAAUGGGCACCAGUUUCCCUGCAAAGGUUAUAAAAGAAACAGUAGAAAAUGUGAAUAUUUUCAGUCAGCGUUGUUUGCUUUUCUGGUUUUCAAUACAGUGUCAAUUCACAUGUUUGAGAUUCUAAAUCUUAAAUCAGAUAUCCAUCUCUAGUGUAGCACUUGAAAAGAUACUCUCAGGAGUUCCCGUUGGGGCUCAGUGGGUUAAGAACCUGACAGAGUGUCCGUGAAGAUAUGGGUUCAACCCCCGGCCUCACUCAGUGGCUUAAGGAUCCAGCGUUGCCUCAAGCUGUGCUGUAAGCCUUAGAUGCAGCCUGGAUGCAGUAUGCUGUGACUGUGGCCUAGGCUGGCAGCUGCAUCUCCAAUUUGAUCACUAGCCCAGGAACUUCCAUAUGCUGCUAGUGCAGCAGUUAAAAAAAAAAGAAAGAGGAGUUUCCGUCAUGGCGCAGUGGUUAACAAAUCUGACUAGGAACCAUGAGGUUGCAUGGUUCGGUCCCUGCCCUUGCUCAAUGGGUUAACGCUCCGGCGUUGCCGUGAGCUGUGGUGUAGGUUGCAGACGCGGCUCAGAUCCCGCAUUGCUGUGGCUCUGGCGUAGACUGGCGGCUACGGCUCCAAUUAGACCCCUAGCCUGGGAAUCUCCAUAUGCCGCGGAAUCGGCCCAAGAAAUAACAAAAAAAAAAAAAAGAGAGAGAUACUCAGACACUUCUGCUGUUUCCAUUAUUAACACAAAUAAUGAACUAGUAUGUUUCCUUUUAGACAAGUACAUUUUCCUUGUCUAGAAGGAAUAUGUGAGCUGCUCAGUACAUAAAUGGAUGGUCUUCAUUUCAUUAGUGGAGCAUUGGAGUUCUUAAACCAAAGAUUAAAUCAGUUUUUUGUUUGUUUGUUUUUUGGCUCCCUGAGACAUAUGGAGUUCCUAGUCAGGAUCAGAUCCAAGCCACAGUUGCAACCUAAGCCACAGCUGUAGCAAUACCAGAUCUUUAACCCAGUGUGCUAGGCCAGGAAUUGAACCUGUAUCCCAUCACUUCCACGACACCAUCAAUCCCGUUGCACCACAACAGGAACUCCUAAAUCAGUUUUUUUUUUUUUUCAAUUUCCUAUUUUUUCUGUUAGCAAAUUAAAAAUAUGAGAAUUGGAUUGGGGAGACCCAGAAGACUAUGUCCUCAUGACCUAGGCUGAAAUAUGCAAGGUCAUUGUUAGGAAGCAAGUGAGUAAAGAGACUUUAUUCAUCUCUUAUGAAAACUCAUCGAAACCUACAUACUGUUUUAUUUGGGAUUUUUUUUCAAUUAUUAAAAUUGAGGAAUAGUUGGUAUACAAUAUUAAGAGCCUGCAUACUGUUGAGGAUACUAAGUAAUUUCCUGUGAAGGAAAAAAAACAAUCUCCUUUACAAUUUAUAUUGGAAAUAUCUCAGUGAAAACAUAACGAUGGUGCUACCCAUCUCCAGGGAGUGGCCUAAAUAUAAUGAGUGUUCUCAUGAACAGUGUUAUCUAUGGCACUUACAUGAAGUUGGUGACCUUAAUUAUAAAAACAGGAGAUGGAGAAAAGAUUGUCCAAAAAAGACUGAUGUUACCCAAAUAUUGGCAAGUGCAGCAUGUGACAGAGAAGUGCGUACUACAGCUUACCUGGAAAUGGAACCCUUAACCGCUGAUUGACUAUCCUUCAGAGUUCUUCAUGGCUUCUGUUCUAGCAUAAGUCAGCUGUGAACAUGUGGCAGGCAUCACAAGACAGGCUCUUCAGGGUCUUGUGCAUUCUUAGUAGGAUGAAUUUCUAGACAACCUAUCAUAAUGUAAGACUUGGAUUUUGAUGCUCUUGUACAAAUAAGGAAAUCACUGAAGUUCGGUUCAACAGGUACAUUGAGUUUUACCCACAUUUAAUUCAAUCAGAUUCUCUGUUCAAAGAGUGAAUGACUGGUAGGUUUUUAAAUUUUUCCUGACAGUAUGUAACAUCGUGUCCCAUUUCCCAGGGGUUGAUAAAACCGUGUUACAAGAACAUAAGAUUAUUGUAUCUCCCAUGUUGCCCCAGUUACCUAAUAUGGAGGCAACCAUAAGAAAUGAAAGUCCUAGAGAGUUCCCAUCAUGGCUCAGCGGGAACAAAUCUGACUAGUAUCCAUGAGGAGACAAGAUCCAUCCCUGGCCUUGCUCAGUGGGUUAAGGAUCUGACGUUGCCGUGAGCUGCGGUGUAGGUUGCAGACGCAGUUUGGAUCCUGUGUGGCUGUGGCAUAGGCCGGCAGCCACAGCUAUGGUUAGACCGCUAGCCAGGGAACUUCCAUAUGCCACAUGUGCAGCCCUAAAAAGCAAAAAAAAAAAAAAAAAAAGUCCUUAGAAGGUGGAGGGAACAGAGGUUCAUGGUGAAUUUCUUUGUCUGAGUUCUUUGUGAAGUGUAAACUUUUCAUUGUCAGAAAAUCCAGCCAUGCCUAGUGAUUGGAGUUACCCCAGAAACAUGUGGGAUUACAUGCCUCUGCUUAGUUAGAACGUUGAUAAAUCUAAGAUUAUUAGGGGGAGAGGUUAGUACAAAUUUUAAUUUUAGAAUUUUCUGAUCGUGAUUAUACUUUGUAGCUGUAGUAAAUAUGAAUAUAUAUUGGAUUUUAUAGGUUCACUUAUUAAAAAUGUAGGAGUCUUUAUUCGGGUAUCAUUCUUUUUGUAAUUAAAGAGAGGAACAAGCCAUCUAUUAAAGCAGCAAAUGCCUCAAAUGAUAUGUGUAUUGCGAAUUACUGCUUACUCAUGGAAAGAGUAUCUUGCUACUAUGUGAAUAAAACGACAGACUCUAUAAAUCAA